AUGGUAAUUGGUUCAUAGUAAAGAGACCAAAAAUCGAACCGGCAUGUGGGACAAACCCCACUAACCAGCAAAAUUCCAGCAAUUAUCCUCUCUCCCUCUUCUUCUCCCAAGCCGCAACAAACAAAAAUCUUCUUCUUUUUAACACAGAGAAAGAUAAAGAGAAAGUGGGGGAGGGAGGGAGAGAGAGAGAGAGAAAGGGAGCCAGCCUUGGGUCAUCAUAAAUAAAUAAUAAAAAUUAAAAAAAUCCUUCAAUUUUAGAAUAGAAUAUACCAUCAUUUGUCACAGCCAUCCAAACCUAAAAAUUCUGUUCCUAUCUCUAUCUCAAAACCAAAACCGAAAAAAGUUGAGCAGUUUCUUCAUAGCCCUGAUGAAGAAACCCGUUUCAGAUUUCCUUAAUUAUAUCUGUAUCUAUAUAUUUUUUCUGUUUUAUAGCAUGGAGUGAAGAGUGAUCGCUGAGAUUUAUUUUUAUUUUUUUGUUUUUCUUGUGAAUUUUGGGGCCAGAUCUAAGUGGGUUCUUGGAAAUUCAGAUUUUUGUUCUUGGGUUGCAAUUCGAUUGGCUGGAACUUGGAAGCAUAAGCAUCUCCAUCUCUCUGUCUCCAAUACCGGUUGGUACCCAUAUCGUCAGAUUCUAAAUUCUGUUUCAUUGAUUACUUUUGUGUACGGGCUCCAAAUCGUGCCAGAUCUGAUGAUGUGAUCUUACACUACACUUCUAGAAAUCUGCAAGUUCUAUUGCUUCUAAGAUAUAUAGUUUUAUAUACCCACAAAAACAUACAAGUUCUUUGUUGAUUUCUGAAGAAGAUAAAAGCAAGUUUUUCUGAUAUUACGGAAUGGAUAUAGAUGAUUUUCGUUCCAUUCUGGAGAGUUCAGGCGUUGACGUCUGGACUUUUAUAGACACGGCCAUUCUGGUGGCUUCUUUGGAUUUCGGUACAGAAUUGAAGCAGCGGAGAGAUAAGAUUGUGGAAAUGCUAUACACAUCUUGCUCGUCUGGUCGGUGUAGGAAUUGCGAUUUUGAUGUGGGCAGGAUUAGUAAUGAGCAUGAAAUGAAAGAAAAUAGCCAUGAAGUAAAAGUAGGAGGAGGAGGUGGAAGUGGGUCUCCUUCAACAACGCCAAGGUCUAUUCAUGGGGACGAAGAAGAUGAUGACGAUGAAUUGGAUCCAUACGCAGGAUUGUUUGAUGAUGAGCAGAAGAAGAUUUUGGAGAUCAAACAACAUCUUGAAGAUCCUGACCAGUCUGAAGAUUCUCUGGUUGAUUUGCUUCAAAGUUUAGCAGAUAUGGAUAUAACCUUCAAGGCACUCAAGGAGACUGAUAUUGGAAGACAUGUCAAUCGUUUGCGAAAGCAUUCAUCCAAUGAUGUUCGAAGAUUAGUUAAACAACUUGUCAGUUGUUUGGUUUCCAGGAAAUGGAAGGAAAUUGUAGAUGAAUGGGUGAGGUUAAAUCCACAAGGAGAGCAUGCAUCCUCUGCUCUAAUGGCUGAUGGGGACUCCCCACAGCAGAAAAUUCCCCAGAACUCUCUUCACCAGGUUCCUGAUUUUGCAUACUCUCCCAAUCCUCAUAAUGGAAGUUCUGGUUCAGACAAGAAUAAUUCAGAAUCAGAACGAAAGCCAAAACUGGUUCCUCGAAAAGAAGCUCCACCCAGACCUACCCAACAAUCUGUUCCUGUAUCUGCAUCUGCUUCUCACAAUGUACAGAGACAGAGAGAGCAGCAACAAAGAGAGAGAGAUUUUGAUUCUGAGAGGCUUGCUUCCGCGAGGAAGAGGCUUCAAGAGAAUUACAAAGAAGCCUUAAAUGCCAAGAAGCAAAGAACAAUUCAAGUGAUGGACAUACAUGAGAUUCCAAAACCCAAGAAUGCCUUCUUUGCAAAGAACAAAGGUGGCGGUUCUCAGGGGAGGCACUGGUGAUUUUGGCAGAGAUUUCAUUAAAAAGGGUCUUUCUUGGGGGACACAGGAAAAUUCUGGGUCCAAUUUAUCUUUUUUAUAUUGUUUUUUUUUUCUUAACUUAAAAAAGCACAUUUUUCUUUAAUUUUCUUUAUGAUCAAAAAGGAAAAACUUGACAAGCUCUUUGGAAAAUAGAGGUUUGAGGACUACUUGUGAGAGUGUAAUUGCUGUCUAAACUUGUAAGAGCAUAAUUCUGGCAUAAACAGAGGGUUCUCAAUUUUUUUUAUAA